UUCCACAGAGGGUGGUGCUGAAAUUUCAGACUCGCUAUUGCUCAGUACUUGCAGCUAUUUUACACAAGAAAACCAAAACUGUGUAAUGAAACGGCAUCACCAAAUAAAACACGCUAGAUGUAUUUAAAUCAUGGUGAAGAGGAAGAGUCUGGAGGAUCCCGAUCAGCAAUGUGGGAGAGGUGUACCUUUCCCAACCCAGACGUUUCUGUGGAGACAAACCAGUGCAUUUUUGAGACCAAAACUGGGGAAGCAGUAUGAAGCGUCCUGUGUGUCGUUUGAGAGAGUGCUGGUGGAGAACAAGCUGCACGGCCUGUCUCCCGCUCUCUCGGAGGCGAUCCAGCGCAUCUCGCGCUGGGAGCUGAUGCAGGCUGCCCUUCCCCAUGUGCUGCACUGCACUGCCAUCCUGCUCUCCAACCGGAACAAGCUGGGAGUCGGAUCUGACAUUCCGAUUGGCCAGUGGUCUUAUCGUCUGGCAGCCAAUGUGGGAGCAGAAACAGCCCGAUGUCCCCGCCUUCACUGCUGUCAUCAAGCCAGUCAGAAACAUUGUGACAGAGCUCCGACCGCAGCCGUCCCUGUGCAGAGAUCUCGCUACGGCACUUAUUUUGAUGUGGCGGUGCUGCGCUGCCUCCAGCAGCCCCACUGGUCCGAGGAAAGGACCCACUGGGCACUGCUGUACUGCCUGCAAAGGCUGCGACAGAUCUUGGAGGAGAAGCCUGAGAGACCCCCAGAGCCCCUCCUCACACAGCUGGCCAGACCACGCAGCAGCUCCAUGGUGGCAGCCUCACCCUCCCUGGUGAACACGCACAAGACACAGGACAUGACUUCAAAAUGCAAAGAGGAGAAGUCUUUCAGCACGGAGACCUUCUCCAAGGUGUCCUUGACAAACCUAAGAAGACAGGCUGUCCCGGACCUGUCUUCUGACCUGGGCAUGAACAUCUUCAAAACGUUUAAGAGCCGCAAGGAGGAACGUGAGCGCAAGGGCUCGAUCCCAUUCCACCACACCGGGAAGAGGCGUCAGCGGCGCAUGGGGGUCCCCUUCCUGCUGCACGAGGACCACCUGGACGUGUCUCCCACGCGCAGCACCUUUUCCUUCGGGAGCUUCUCUGGGAUUGGUGACGAGCGGCGCGGGCUGGCCAUCCUGAGGAGGUUCAUACGCAGAGGCAGCUCCGAUACGACCGCAGACAUGGACAGCCUCGGCGCCAGACAGUCCCACUCGCACCACACACUGAUGAGCGACAGCCACGGUGAAAACACCGUCAAGGAAGUCAGGUCCCAGAUAUCCACCAUCACCGUGGCAACCUUCAGCACCACGGUGGCCUCGUUCAACGUGGGCUACGCAGACUUCUUCACAGAGCACAUGAAGAAGAUGUGCAACCCGGUGCCCAUCCCAGAGAUGCCCAUUGAGCCUCUGGCCUGCUCCAACCUGCCACGCAGUCUCACUGACUCCUGCAUCAACUACAGCUGCCUGGAGGAUGCAGAGAGCAUUGAGGGGACCAACAACUUCAUCCUUAAGAACGGCAUGCUGGACCUUGGGGUGAUCCUGAGAGCUGUGUACGUGGUCCUGACCGACGACAUCAGCUCACGAAUCUGCGACGUGACUCUGAACAUCAUCGAGUGCCUCCUGCAGCUGAGAGUGGUUCCCAGCAUGGGGAAGAAGGUGUCCAAGGUGGAAGAGAAGGAGAAUGAGGAGACCGGGCUCAAGGAUGGGACCAAUCAGAGAACAGGGGGAGCCAACGUGGGUGUGGCUGGAGGAAUGGGGGAGGCGCUGGGAGGAGGAGGGGGCGGGAACGGAGGAGGGGGAGGAGGAGGAGGAGGAGAUGACGGCAAGAACAGGCAGUAAGGAAACAAGGCAUGUUUUAACAGUGUUCCUCUCUCUGGCCACAGGCUGGCCCUCACAAUGCCGAUUAAAAUCGUCAAGUUUCUGGGUUGUGCCUAUGGAUGUGGAGAGGGACACAGAGGCCUCUCUGGAGAUCGUUUACACAUGCAGGCUCAGAAGUGCCUGACCCUCCUGUACAAGCUGGACAAGCUCCAGUUCCGUCAGACAAUGAGAGACUAUGUGAACAAGGACUCGCUCAACAACGUGGUGGACUUCUUACACGCCUUUCUGGGCUUCUGCAUGGAACCUAUUACCGACACUGCCCUGUUCCUGCUGUGUGCAGUGAAGGUGUCGGACGCUGUCUCUGAUAUGAUGAUGUCUGAACUCCACCACCAGGAGGCAGUGCAGAGAAUCAACUUGGUCCUCAGGUUCUACACGCUGUGGUGCUUCGGGUUUCAGGUGUGGCCGUGCAUGGAGGAAGGGGCCCAGCAGAUCUUUAAGAUCCCGCCCCCCAGUAUAAAUUUCACGCUGCCCUCCCCGAUACUGGGAAUGCCUUGUGUACCCAUGUUCGACCCUCCCUGGGUGCCCCAGAGCACCGGCAGUGUCCAGGACCCCAUCAAUGAGGACCAGUCCAUGAGUGUCUUCCACCUUCUCUUCCAUACUGAAGAGCAGAUCACAGAGCACAUCCUGAAGAACCUGCAGCAGGAGGAAGAGAAGAGGCGGCUGGGCCGUGAGGCCAGCAUCAUCACCUCCACCCCCAUCACCCAGGAGGCCGUCCGAGCAGGAGGAGGAAGGUGGGACAGCCUCUGCUGCACCAAGACUCUGGUGGUGCACGGGCAGAACGAGUGUGACAUCCCCACCCAGCUCCCCAUGCACAAGGACACGCAGUUCGAGGCUCUGCUCAAGAUUCACAGAAUACGAUCUGUACAUUGGAGCCAUCUAGUGGUGACAGUUAGAAACAAAAUUAAAUCCUUGAACUAUGCUCUCCCCUGCAGACCUAUGUGCGUGAUAUAUAUCCAUUCCGGCGGUCAGUCUCGCCCCAGCUCAACCUGGUCCACAUGUUACCUGACAAGGGACAGGAGCUCAUUCAGAAGCAGAAACCAGUUUUCAUGCAGGCAGUUCUAUAUCCUCCAUCGGAAGCCUUUCGUUCUGCAGCUGUUUGCCAGCUUGGCACCACUGCUGGAGUUCACGACCUGCACGAUCAGCGGGCUGUCUAAAGGAGUGUCGGCUCAGUGCCUGUUUGACCUGCUGGUGUCUCUAGAAGGGGACUCCCCAGACACCCUGGACUCCCUGGAGCUAGUGAAGGCAGAGAAGCCCCUCCGCUCUUUAGACUUCUGCUACGGGAAUGAGAACCUCAACGUCUCUAUCAGUAAAGCCAUCAAGCUGUGCGUGACAGUGGUAGCUUAUGCGUCCGAGUCCUUCAGAAGCCUGCAUAUGCUGAUAGUGCUGGAGGCCCUGGUCCCCUGUUUCCUGUAGAAGCUGAAGAAGGAGACCAUCGCUCUGCCCUCUGCAGCCAGGGACAAGAUCGAAGCCAUCGACAACCUUGCCACCUCCCUCCAGGCUCUGCUGUACAGCGUAGAUGCUCUCACCAGGCCCAUGACUGCACCACAGAUGAGUCGCAGUGAACAAGGACACAAAGGAGCGGCCACUGCCAACCACACCAUGCCGGGGGGCAACGACACCAGGGAUAACCUGCACCUGCUGGAGGAGGGCCAGGGGCUCCCCAGGGAGGAGCUGGAUGAGCGCAUCGCCCGAGAGGAGUUCAGACAGCCCCGGGACUCUCUGCUCAACAUCUGCACUGAGUUCUACAAGCACUGCGGCCCCCGGCUCAAGAUCCUGCAGAACAUGACUGGGGAGCCACGUGUCACCACACUGGAGCUGCUCGACAUCAAGUCACACAUGAGGCUGGCUGAGAUCACUCACUCCCUGCUGAAGCUGGCUCCCUAUGACACCCUGACCAUGGAGAGCCGUGGUCUGAGACGCUACAUCAUGGAGAUGUUGCCCAUCACCGACUGGACCACCGAGGCCGUGCGGCCCGCCCUCAUCCUUAUCCUCAAGAGGCUUGACCGCAUGUUCAACAAGAUCCACAAGAUGCCCACUCUGAGACGGCAGGUGGAGUGGGAAGCCGCCAGCAGCCUGAUUGAAGGGAUUUGCCUGACCCUUCAGCGGCAGCCCAUCAUAUCCUUCCUCUCGCACCUCCGGUCGCUGAUCAACGUCUGCGUCAAUCUGGUGAUGGGUGUGGUUGGACCCUCCAGCGUGGCUGAUGGCUUGCCUCUGCUUCACCUGAGUCCCUACCUCUCCCCCCUGCUCCCCUUCAACAUUGCCGUGGUCAGACUCGUGGCUCUGCAAAUACAGGCGCUAAAAGAUGACUUCCCCCUUAGCCAUGUGAUCUCCCCGUUCACCAAUCAGGAGAGACGAGAAGGAAUGCUUCUAAACCUGUUGAUUCCGUUUGUGCUGACGGUGGGAUCUGGCAGCAAAGACAGCCCUCAUCUAGAGCAGCCGGAGGUGUUCCUGCUGCUGCAGACCGUCAUCAACAUCCUGCUGCCGCCGCGCAUCAUCAGCACCUCGCGCAGCAAGAACGUCAUGAUGGAGAGCUCUCCGGCACACUGCUCCACACCGGGAGACACGGGCAAGGACCUACGCCGGGAGGGGCUGGCCGAGUCCACCAGCUAGGCCACCUCCCUGGCUCUGAAGAUGGUCCUGGUCUGUUUCGAGCAGCAGCUGGGGAACCAGUGGUACCAGCUGAGUUUGCAGGUGAAGGAGAUGGCGCUCCGCAAGGUGGGCCUGCUGGCCCUAUGGGACUUCAUCGACUUCCUCGUGAGAACCAGGAUCCCCAUCUACAUACUGCUCCGCCCCUUCAUCCAGUGUAAGCUCCUGACCCAGCCUGCAGAGAGCCAGGAGGAGGUCACGGCCCGGCACCACAUUGCUGACCAGCUGGAGCGGUGCUUCAUCCCCCGGCUGCUCUGCAAGAGCUCCCUCAUCGCUGAGUUCAACAACAAUCUCAAGAUCCUCAAGGAGGCAGUGCACAGUGGAGCAGUGUACCAGGGCAAGACCUCCAUCAGCACCGUGGGCACGUCCACCUCUGCCUACCACCUGAGCCUGGCCACCAUGUCACGAUCCAACGCAGGGACCGGGGCCGUCUGGCAGCAGGACAGCCAGCCCUCCCACCGGGCCUCGCAGGACACUCUGAGCCGCACUGACGAGGACAACGAAGAAAAUGACUCUGUGAGCAUGCCCAGUGUGAUGAGUGAGCAUGAAGCCUUCCUGGCCAGCAUGAUCAGGCGGCGGCGGUUCUCCAGCCACUUGUCCAGCGUGUCAGCUCCGCAGCAUGAGCCCGUGCUCAGCACCAUGCUCCCCAGCCAGAGUGAACCUAAUGUCCUAGAUGAAUCCCAGGGGAUGACCUCAGAGGGUAACCUGUCUAGGGUGGCCAGCGUUCAGAGUGAGCCAGGGCAGCAGAACCUCCUGGUCCAGCCGGCCCUGGGCAGGAAGAGAGGGCUACGGCAGCCGAGGAGGCCUCUGCUUUCGAUGCAGAAGACCCAGAACGAGCCCCGCAGUCGCCCCAGAGCUCACCUCUCCACCACGCGCAGGAGCAUCCAGCCCAAAUCCAGGACCCUUGAACAGAAGAGGUCGGUCACCUUCACUGAAGCACAGCCUGAUACAGCAGCCUUGACCCCUCCAGCUGAGAGCAAGGAAUGCCCAUCAGAGAACCAGAGCCUUGUGGUUAAAUCAUCGUGUGCUGCCUCUCCUUCCGUUGUAACUGCGGACAUGCACAGCCCCACAGCAGUCAAGGUGGAGACUAAGAACAAAGCGGAGCCACGGAGCUGCCUGUCCCCUCCCCCACCUCCUGUGCUGGGCACCCUGCCCCACCCUGCCUCCCUGCCUCCGGAGAGACCUCCAGCCUGCUGCCGCACACUGACACCGUCCUGCACAUCAGCGAGGAUAAUGACACGGAGAGCCCCCUGCUCUCCCCAGCCUUCACCUACACCCACGUCGAGCUGGGGGACGACGAGUCCCAUGUUUAAACAGCUCCUUUCAUCAUCCGGCUGUACAGCGCGCUUGCAGAGCGCUUCGAGAGAAAGGAACCAUCUUUGAAUGGGGGUGAAUGGAAUGAGUAGGGUUGGAGUGCAUGGAUUCCCAAACCUUCUAAUUUGGACUUUUAAAUCGUGAAGCACAGUAAAGGCAUCAGUGCUAUUACCCCUGUAUGCCUGGCCCCAUUGUUUUAAUAUAUUACCACUGUUAUUGUGGUGAGAAGUUACAGAUUCUGGGGGUACCAUUAAUACUGCUCAGAGAGAUUUCAUACCUUAACACAAAAUGUCCUCAGUUUAACUUUUGAUAACUUGAGAUGGCUUCAGUUGUAUUCAUCAUACUGUAUAUCAUACUGUAUACUGUAUUACUGGGAUUUUAAAAUGAAAGUCCAAAUUAGUAAAUUGCAUGUGUAAUGAAUCUAGCUCAAUGCCAAUGAAAGGAGGUUGACUCAUUUAACCGGUUUUGUGUGAAUUAACUAAAUAAUGUGCUAAAGGUGUAUCCUGUAUGACUGUUGUGAUGUUUAUUGGCAAGAGAGUGGAUUGGCUAGAGAGAGAAAUUCGGUGGAGAUAAGUUUUGCAGGGGUAUAGGCUAACUGUAGCAUACAGAAGUAAUACAUUAAGUCCUUGUUGUGUUAGAACUCCUAUCUGUGCAUUGUUAAUCAGUAUUGUACACUCGCUGGCCACUGUUAGAAUCCACUAUGACAGCUUGGCAUUGACAUGGCAUAGACUCCACAAGAGUUUAGCCAUGAAUACAACAUGAACUUUGUCCCACAGUAAAACUGAUUGUAGUUUAUCCUGAACUAAAAAGCUGCUUGAAAAAAGGCAGAUACGUUUUGCUUUUUUAUUUGCAAAUACACUGUUUGUAAAAAUUUGAUCAGAUGCCUUAAAUGUGCACAAUGCCAAAGUGUAAGCUGCUGGACUGUAUUGUGUAUCGUGUCCCGUGUCCGUGUCUGUGAGAUUGCCUGCUUUUAUCCAUGUAGUGCUGGACUACUUACCAACCCAAAGACACACACAAACAAUAAUAGCAAGUGGGACUCCCUGAUCAUUACUCGCAAUCACACUGCAUUCAAAACCUGUCAAAUGUUAAAACUGAUUUGUAUGUAACUGUCAGAAUACAAUGAAUAUGUCCAGCUUAACUGUGAACUGGGGUGUGCAAAACGGUUGUUAAUGAUUCUUACACUUAAGCUACUUUGUUACAAGUUGCUUGAUCUCAUUGCUCUUAUCUAUCAAUGCUUUCACUGGCUGGGUGCUAUUGUAGCUAUAAGUUGCAUUUUCAAAUCAUGUCAGUCUACACCAGGCUUCAUGAAUUUCUUACUUUGCAUUUUUUGGCAUCUGGUGGGUCAUUUCUCCUAAAGAAAAUGUCAAAUAGGAUGUGGUUUUUUUUUGCACACCCUCUCUCUGUGCACACAAGUAUACAGAGAUGGAAAUAAGACACCUACUGCAUAGCAGUUUCACCUAUUCUAGGUUUUGAUAUGAGCUUGA